CAUCAGCAUAUUUUCGACGUAAAUCCAAAUAAUCACAUACCCAAGAAUAUUUAGAAAUUAAAAAACAAAUAGUGUGUACCAUUCUAAAAGCUAUUUUUUGUAUUUACAGCAGACAUACAGCCAAGAAGGAUAAAGGCAUCGUUAUGGACAACUGACACAACGGGUGACUUGGAUGCAAUUCUCCCGUUCUGCAUGAACAAUUUUUCCAGCACACCGCAAACAGAGAAUUUAAACGUCCCCCGACAACUCCCCCGGGAACCUCAACCCACUCGCUACACAUUCCAUGUCCCAUCACCCCGGCCCAAGAAGGGCUACAGGGCUGAAAAUGACUGUGCUGGGAACUUGAGGCUUCACGAUUCGGCGCUCUAUGGAUACGACUCCCACGAGACCGGCCCUACAGAAUCGGGAACGCUUGAUGAAAAAAGUCACGCCCCCCCGGUUUCUGCGAUUCGUCAGAACAGCCAGCACCAAAAAAGCCGAGACUCCUCCCCGGUGAAAAACGGCACAGAAGGCCACAUACAUCUAGAGCUGGGGGAUUCCGGCUCACCGAACAUUCCCAAUGAAACAACCAAAGCGGAGGAUAUCCCUGUUUUUAAUGACAUUUCAGAGGUUGACGACCAGUUAUUCUGUUAUGCGGCCAACCUUCUUGAUCCCGACAAUUUUAUGGCGUCAACAUCAGGAUCUGAAAUAGAACAAGCAAGGUUUUUCACAGUCUUUUCCAGGGCUUUGAAAUCGAGGAACGUUUUGCUAUACAAACGACUGGGGGUUUUAUUUGGGAGACAGUACCGAGACUAAAUGUUAUUCUGGCAUAGAACAAUUCCACGCAUGUUAAACAGCAAACCAAUUAAAAAAACGCUAAAAUCAUAUAUGUAACACGGAUCAUUCCAUAAAUACCCCAAAACGCACAUCCUUAAUCAUCCAAACGGCAGAACCACAGGAACAAGUUGAGACAGUUGAAAGCCUCUUAGCACAGAUACCGCCAGAACUCCUAGAAAUUAUUAAACGUAUGAACGAGGUGGGGGUAACAGACAUAAUACCGAUAGAUGAAAGCAUAUUAUCACAGAUUCCAGCCGAACACCUAGAAAUUAUUAAUCGUAUGAACGAGUCAGGGACGCCCGAUGAAAACUUGUUAUCACAGAUUCCCGAAGACCUCAUAACCCUAAUUAAUUGGAUGAACGAGAGCCGGACAUUUUCGGCACCCGCUACACCAACAGCGACAUCCCAACCGUUAACGCCCAUGUCCGUAGAGUCUGAAACGCCACAUGAUGUUUUUGGGGAAUUGGAAAAUUGUCUAAUAAAUCUGGAGGGAGAUGGUGUUGAUAGACGUGUCCGGGUUGUGUACCGGAAUAAAUUCAACAAUACAGAGAUUCAACAGUUUUUCAAUUUCCUUUGGGUGAAUCAAAAUCUUGACUAUGCUGUGUUUUACGUAAUGAUAUUGGACACUCUGAACGAUCUGUUAGACAGGGCAAGAUAUUAUGGCGAACCACGUGAUGUCUUACAGUUGGAAAUUUGUGGAGAUAUACUGUGUUAUGCAGGCUCUCUUAUUUUACCCAAUGGCGAAGCAGAUCUUGAACAAUUUAUCGCACUGCUAUAACGCCUUGUUCAGUCAAAUUUAGCCAUCAUAGCAGAUCGGACCCUCGAGCUUGUAGUGCAAAUAAUACGUCAACCCCAGGGUGGUGGUGGUCAGAGAAGGAAGCUUGAUUGCCUAAUGCAGUCAGAAAUCAUAAGCAAUAAAAGGGCCUACCUCAUAAACGUUCACAAUCCAGGUAAUAAGCUAUGUUUUGCAAUAGGCCUAGCGCCUUUACUUAACCCUGGAUCUACUGAUCUGACGGCAUUGCAAAAGGCUAGAGAGCUCCAAACGGCCGUGGGUCUCGGUAUACAGGAUGCUGUGGCUUUCUCUGACAUAGUCAAAUUUGAAAACUUUCUGAAUAUCAAGAUUGUGGUUUGGUACCACAGUAGAGCUAAUGCAGCUCUCUUGAAGUUCCAAAACAACCCCCAACCGCAUCCUCAGAUUCUGGAUUCUGCAAAACGAACAUUAGUACGCUGUUACCAACUUCACGGCGUUCAUAGGGGCACCAUAUGGGUGUCCAUCCUGCCAUACCAGCUACACCCGAAAGGGGGGGCACCCGUGCUGUUAUAACUGUUCAGUAUGUCAGGAUGCAGAUUGCCCAAUGCAACCCUUAAAUUUGACACCCUGUGAGGAUUGCCACCGCACAUGUCAUUCGACCUACUGUUACGAAAAACACAAAAUUUAAACAUGGCACACCAAGGCAUGUAAAUCUGUAAGCAGUUGUGAUAUUAACAAGAAAUGCCCAAAAUGUCAUUGCAAUUACAACCUUAAAAUAGAUAGCCCUAAACCACAUGUGUGUGGAAUCAUACAUUGUCCAAUCUGUAAAGGGCCUUUGAAAAGCAGAGAAGCUGAAGUGGUUCAAGAAGUGCCACACGAGUGUUAUAUUCAGCCUUUGGCUGAAGAUGAACAUUCAGAGAAAUAUGUGUUCUAUGAUUUUGAGACAAAUCAGCAAAUGAAUCAGGUUCAUUUACCUAUUUUUGUAUCUACCAUGACUUUCAAGGGUGAAAAGUGGUCGGCAGAGGGAUCCAAUUGUGCACUGCUCGUUCUAAAACACUUUAGAAAACCCCAGUACAGAAACUUCACGUUUAUAGCGCACAAUGCUAGAGCCUACGACUCUUACCUUCUUCUGAACCCCUUGAUACAGCAAGGCGUGGCACCCAGUGUCAUAGCUCAAGGUAGUAAAAUCUUGUGUUUUGUAGACCCAGCCUUCAACCAGAGAUACAUUGACAGUUUAAGCUGGUUACCCAUGAGAUUGGCUCAAAUGCAAGAGGCCUUGGGUUUUGAAAACUCUGUGAAAGGCUGGUUCCCCCACUUCUUCACAUCUGAGGAGAAUCUACAUUAUGUCGGAUCAUAUCCCAGCCCAGAAAUGUACGGGUGUGAUCAAAUGUUUCCCAAAGAGCGUGAGAGAUUCAUGACGUGGUACGACACAGUAAGACAUGGCACCUUUGAUUUCCAUAAAGAGAUGGAACCAUACUGUGACAAUGAUGUGGUUAUACUUCGUGAAGGAUGCCUCAGAUUCAGAGAAGAGGUAAUCAAAGAUGCAGGCAUUGACCCCUGGAGUUGUACAACUAUUGCAUCAGCAUCCUCUAUAGCAAUCCCCUCGCCUGACAACUACCGACGCCAAUUCAGGUCAUACUCUAGUGGGUCCAUUCAAUGGUUGGAGCAUAUGGCCAAGGAUAAAGACAUUUUUAUUCAACAUGCUUUGAAUCGGGGGGAGAAGGCAUUUGGCUCUUACCAUGUAGAUGGAUACACCCAGAUUGACGGGGUUGAGACCGCGUAUGAGUACAACGGUUGUUUCUUCCACGGUUGUAAAUCUUGCUUUGUGCCCCAGGCCAUGUGUGUCCUAACCCAAAAGACUUUUGGAGAAAUGUACCAAGAGUUUCAAGACAAAUUGGAUUCUUUACAGGCUACUUACGGGCUAAAAGUGGAGGUUUUGUGGGAGCACGAAUGGGCCGCCCUCAAAAAGUCUGAUCCUCAUGUUCAAGCCUUCCUUUCCAGCUAUGACACACCAGAACCCCUGGAACCACAACAGGCCUUGUAUGGAGGCCGCACCAAUGCUUUGACCUUGCGGUAUGUAGCGCAACCCGACGAGACAAUAGGAUAUGUAGAUUUUACAUCCCUUUAUCCUCAUGUAAUGAGUUCCUCAUGCUAUCCUAUGGGGCAUCGGGAAAUUUUUCAUUGCGAUUUUGACUUACCUCAAAACUAUUUUGGUCUGAUCAAAGCAACUGUCUACCCUCCUAGGGGUUUGUUUAUACCAGUUUUGCCUUACAGGGGCCCUCAAGGAAAACCUUUCUUUCCCCUUUGUCGCACCUGCAGUGAAAACAAACAGCAAACCCCAUGUGAUCACUCAGAUCAAGAAAGAGCCCUGACAGGGGUUUGGGUCACAGUUGAAUUCUCUAAGGCUUUAGAGAUUGGGUAUCGUGUGGCCAAAAUCUUUGAAGUGUGGAACUUUUCCAAGAAAUCAGACACUGUUUAAAGAGUACAUCAAGACCUUCUUGAGAUGCAAGCAAAUGGCUUCAGGCUAUCCUGCAUCGGUCACAGAUCAAGAGAGCAAAGACAGGUACAUUCAAGACUAUCACGACAGAGAAGGCAUAAUUCUUGACCCUGACAGAAUAGAGGUCAACAAAACCAAACGAAAUGUGUCGAAAUUGUACUUAAAUUCGCUUUGGGGCAAAUUAUCGCAGAGAUGUAAUAUGCUAACAACGUCGAUUAUUAAAGGCACCAAAGAAUUUUUGGAAUUUUUUAUUUUUUUCGGAUCAAUACGAAAUUUCAUUUUUUUCAUUCUUGAGUCAAGACAUUGCCCUGGUGCAAUGGCGCCAUAACAAGAAGUGGGUUCUACCCCCGGGUAAUGUAAAUGUGUUUCUUGCAGCAUUUACCACGGCCUGUGGCCGACUUGAACUGUACACGCUCAUGAAGCAGCUUCAGAGGCGGGUUCUUUACCACGACACAGACUCUGUGGUCUAUGUAAGCAAACAGGGGGAUUGGAGCCCCCCACUCAGCAACUAUCUGGGUAGCUUAACGAGUGAACUCGAAGAGGGUGACCAUAUCACAGAAUGGUCCUCCUGUGGUCCCAAAAGCUAUGCUUUUAGGACUAAAAAGAAUCACGUGGUGUUGAAAGCCAAAGGCGUUACUCAAAACUAUGAAAAUGCCCCGCGUGUAAACUUGGAAUCAAUCACAGGCUUGGUCGAGGGGUUCAUAAAUGACAGGAAUAGUGACUUGGAGAUUUUGAGCUCCUACAAAAAGAUUGUUAGGGAUAAAAAGGGCUUCCAUCUGAGGAAUGACCCACUUACUAAAAGAUUCAGGGUAGUCUAUGACAAGAGACUGCUUUUGCCUGACGGGACCACAUUGCCCUUUGGCUACUGACUUAUGCUACAAGCCGCAAUGUGUCAUUAAAGCUUAAGAUAUAAUGACUGCGGUAGAAGGUUGGUUGCAACUACCAUUUUCAGCCUUAAUCGCAGGGCCGUAUAAUAGUGGUAAAACUUGUUUUGUAAAAAGUAUUUUAGAGAAUUCUGAACAUGUGUUCUCAAAAGCCUGAUAAUGUUGUGUGGUGUUAUUCUUGUUAUCAACCUCUGUAUGAUGAAUUGUUGAAGACAAUAAAAUAAAAUAAAAAUCAAGUUUG